CCCCCCCCCCCCCCCAGCAGCAGCAGGCGCCGCGGCGGGCGGCCACCGCCUUUCCUUGCUUUUGCCCUGCUCGGUGGAGAGAAGCGGAGGCCAGUAGGCGCCGUCCGUUUGCCUGCCUGCCUAUCCUUCCGCCUGGGGCGCGCUGGAGUCUGGCCGCAGCGGCGCCUUUUCCUUCUUGGCGCGGGGAUGCGGAGGAGCCGCUGAGCGGGCGGGUGGCAGGCAGCGGGGAGCCGGCUGGCUGGAGCCCGCCGAGACUGGGCUGGGCUGGGCUCGGCGCCUGCACGAUGCGCUUCCUCGUUGACCUGCUCCUGCUGUCGAUCGCCGUCUCCCGGGCCGCUCAGACUCUCUUCCAGAGCCCUGAUGAGGGUUGGCAAGUCUACACCUCUGCUCAGGCCUCCGAUGGCAAAUGUCUGUGCACAGCUGUCAUCCCUGUCCAGGGCACCUGUUCAAGGGACCUGCGCAGCCGGCAACUACGGCAGUUGAUGGAAAAACAGGUGCAAAACAUCUCCCAGUCCAUGGAGGUGCUGGACCUUCGGACCUACCGGGACUUGCAGUAUGUCCGUAAUACUGAGUCGCUGAUGAAGGGGCUGGACUCCAAGCUGAAAGUAGCCACAGAGGGUCAGAAAAACCUGAAUGCCAAGAGUUUCCAGGAAUUAAAGGACAAAAUGACGGAGCUGAUGCCACUCAUCCCUGUGCUGGACCAGUACAAGUCAGACACCCGCACCAUCGUGCAGCUCAAAGAGGAAGUGAGGAACCUCUCGGGGAGCCUGCUGCAGAUCCAGGAAGAGAUGGGCGCCUAUGACUAUGAAGAACUCCAGCAGCGUGUGUUGGUCCUGGAGGCACGUUUACAUGCCUGCAUGCAGAAGCUAGGGUGUGGAAAGCUCACAGGGGUAAGCAACCCCAUCACCAUCCGGGCAUCUGGAUCCAGAUUUGGCUCUUGGAUGACAGACACCAUGGCCCCAAGUUCUGACAGCCGGGUCUGGUACAUGGAUGGCUACUACAAGGGCCGCCGUGUCCUGGAGUACCGUACCCUGAAUGACUUCAUCACUGGCCAAAACUUUGUCCAGCAUCUGCUGCCCCAUCCCUGGGCUGGCACUGGCCAUGUGGUCUUCAAUGGGUCCCUCUACUACAACAAGUACCAGAGCAACAUUGUGGUGAAGUACCAUUUCCGCUCGCGGAGUGUCGUCGUGCAGCGCAGCCUCACCACCGCUGGCUACAACAACACAUUCCCUUACUCCUGGGGUGGCUUCUCAGACAUCGACUUCAUGGUGGAUGAGAAUGGGCUCUGGGCUGUCUACACCACCAACCAGAACGCUGGCAACAUUGUGGUGAGCAGAAUGGAUCCCAUCACACUGGAGAUCCUCCGCAGCUGGGACACUGGCUACCCCAAGCGGAGCGCCGGCGAAUCCUUCAUCAUCUGCGGGACCCUCUACGUGACAAAUUCACACCUGGCGGGGGCCAAGAUCUAUUUUGCCUACUACACAAACACUUCUAGCUACGAGUACACGGAUAUUCCCUUCCACAAUCAGUAUUCCCACAUAUCCAUGUUGGACUACAACCCCCGGGAAAGGGUCCUCUACACCUGGAACAAUGGCCACCAGGUCAUCUACAAUGUGACUCUCUUCCAUGUCAUAAAGACUUCAGGGGAGUUAUAAUGCCAUUGGUGAAGAGGCCUGGACUCUCUCAGUUGUCCUUUUGUUCAUCUUCUCUCUUCUCCUGCGGGUGGGGGGCACUGCAGCCUGCAAACUCGGUGGCCUGGGAAAACUCCGUGAUGCCGUUAUUUCUACAUAAUAAAACAAAGAGAUUUCUUCUCUCUCUCUUUCUCUCUCUCUUUUUCUCUCUCUUCUGUGGUUGAUGACGCAUGGUUCUGGUUUGGAGCUUCUUUGGCGGGGGGCUAUUUUUUAUUUUUGUAUUGAUAUUAUUUUACUUAUUUACCGCUGGCAAAUAAAGACGAUCUCGUUGAGGUUGGA